CGAGGGUGCGCGGGAAAUCCCGAGUGCAUCCGGAAUCCUCUCGGCUUAUGGGACCAUGGCCACCUCUUCGGUGUCCAAGGGCUGUUUUGUGUUUAAACCGAAGUUCAAGAAGAGAAAGAUCUCUGUGCCAAUAGAGGAAUAUUUUAAUAAAGGGAAAAAUGAAUCUGAAGACAGUAAACUUCGAUUUGAAACUUAUCACUUGAUAUGGCAGCAGAUGAAAUCAGAAACUGAGCGACUACAGGAGGAAUUAAAUAAAACUCUGUUCAACAAUCUGAUUGAAUUUUUGCAAAAGUCUCAUUCUGGGUUCCAGAAAAAUUCAGAGGACUGGGCCUGUCAAAUAAAACUUAAGGAAAUUCCAACAGCUGCUCUUGUCCUUGGUGUGAAUGUCACAGAUCAUGAUUUAAUAUUCAGAAGUCUAACAGAGGCCCUUCAGAAUAUUAUCACACCAUAUGUAGUCUCUUUGCAAGCUAAAGAUUGUCCAGAUAUGAAACAUUUUUUACAGAAGUUGCUCUCACAGUUAAUGGACUGCUCUGUAGAUACAAAACCCAAAGAAGGAGAAAGUGUUCAGGUCACCCAGAAAAAGACACAUUGUUCAAUGGACUCACUUUCCAGUUGGUAUAUGACUGUUACACAGAAGACAGAUCCAAAAAUGCCAAGCAAAAUGAGGAAUACUUCUAGUCAAUGGCAGUCUCCUCCUGUUGUGCUAAUAUUAAAGGAUAUGGAGAGCUUCACCACAAAAGUACUUCAAGACUUCAUAACUGUCACCAGUGAACAUCUACAUGAAUUUCCACUGAUACUGGUUUUUGGAAUCGCCACAUCUCCUAUUAUCAUCCACCGGCUGCUUCCUCAUGCGGUCUCGUCUCUGUUGUGUAUAGAGUUGUUCCAGUCUCUGUCUUGCAAAGAGCACCUGUCCACAGUGCUUGACAAGCUACUUCUUACAACUCAGUUUCCCUUUAAAAUAAGUGAAAAAGUAUUACAAGUUCUGACCAACAUCUUUUUAUAUCAUGAUUUCUCAAUUCAAAACUUUGUAAAAGGACUUCAGCUUUCUCUUUUAGAACAUUUUUAUUCCCAGCCCUUAAGUGUUCUGUGCUGCAGUCUUCCAGAAGCUAAAAGAAGAAUAAAUUUUUUAUCAGCUAACCAAUGUGAAAAUAUCCGACGUCUUCCGUCAUUUAGGAGGUAUGUGGAAAAACAACCUGCAGAAAGGCAAGUUGCACUACUGACCAAUGACAGAUUUUUGAAGUUUUAUUUCAAGUCAGAUAUUAAAGAGCCCUUUGAAGAAGAUUAUAUGGCCUCACAUCUUAUUUGCAUAAUUGCCAUCAUUAUGAUGUUGGCAAAGGAUGAACUGAUGACUAUUCUUCAGAAAUGUUUCAAAGUUUUCAGUUCCUCUUCUGAAAACCAGCUUGGCAGCACAAGAAAGAGAAUAGAGGAGUUCCUGUCCCAGUUUCAGAGCCUGGGUGAUGCCAGAGAAGAAGAUGCUUCUGGGUUGCAGCCAAAGGAGCUUCCAAAGACAGACCUCUAUCAUCUUCAGAAGUCCUUACUGGAAAUGAAGGAGUUAAGAAGAUCAAGUAAGAAGCAAACCAAGUUUGAAGUACUCAGAGAAAAAGUCGUGAAUUUCAUUGACUCUUUGGUAAGAGAAUACCUGCUGCCUCCUGAAACUCAGCCUGUGCAUGAGGUGGUGUACUUCAGUGCCGCGCACACUCUGCGGGAGCACUUGAAUGCUGCUCCGCGAAUCGCCCUCCACACGGCACUCAACAAUCCUUACUAUUAUCUAAAGAAUGAAGCGCUGAACAGUGAAGAGGGCUGCAUUCCAAAUAUCGCCCCUGAUAUCUGCAUAGCGUAUAAACUGCACUUGGAGUGUAGUAGGCUGAUCAACCUUGUGGACUGGUCAGAGGCUUUUGCAACAGUUGUGACAGCUGCUGAAGAAAUGGAUGCAAAUUCGAAGGCCUCAGAAGAAAUGAAUGAAAUAAUCCAUGCUCGGUUUAUUAGAGCUGUUUCUGAACUAGAACUUCUAGGAUUUAUAAAGCCUACCAAACGGAAGACUGACCAUGUGGCCAGGCUAACAUGGGGCGGCUGCUAAAAUGCCAGUAGGUGAAGCUACAAGGAUUACAUUUAGCUGAAGAGAACCGUGAGCCAGUCAUGUUUAUAUGCCACUAGAGGAGUCUAUUUUCAUGAGAAAAAUGUGCAGUCCCUUUAUAGUGUUUAAGCAGAAAGUACACUGCUAACCCCAAACAGGUGUAUAUUAAAACUUUGGAGUAGUUUAGACUCCCACAAAUAACAUGCUUAAAUUAUAAUUAAAGCCUCUCAUACAUUAUUGCACUUUCCAGUCAUUAUUACGAGUAAAUCAUCUUGAUCAUAUAUAUGAAUAUAAUUUCUUCAUCCAGCAAUUGGGUAGCUGUUCAACUCAUUCCACCUCUCAUUUUUUGCACUGACUGGCAUUUGUCACUUUAGUGCCUCCAGUAACAUGAAUGUCCUACAAGUUUGUUUCUUGUUGUGAUCACUAGACUGCUUUCGCCUCCCUGUUUCUUUUAGUCUUAAAACUUGCCAGGUCCCAAGCUGGUUGGCCUUCCACUUACAGAGAAUAAGUAUACUUGUGGAUGACCCAUCAUGGAGUCUUAACUGGCAGUAAAAAUAAAUUUGUUUUGUGA